CUGUUUUAGGCUAUAGUGGGCACUUGGCUGCCAGCCCGGCUGGAGGGGGAUGAUGGAGAGGGUGAGAGGCGGGGCUGGCUGGGGUACAGGGUGGCUGGAGGAUAAAUGCCCAGCCUGAGAGGGGGUGAGCUGACACUGUCCCAGCUGCCACCUAGACUCUGAGCCCAGCGAAGAAAUCCCAGCCAUGGCCAUGCAGAAAAUCUUUGCCCGAGAAAUCCUGGACUCCAGGGGCAACCCCACAGUGGAGGUGGACCUGCACACGGCCAAGGGCCGAUUCCGAGCAGCUGUGCCCAGUGGAGCUUCCACAGGUAUCUAUGAAGCUCUGGAACUAAGAGAUGGAGACAAAUCUCGCUACCUGGGGAAAGGGGUCCUGAAGGCCGUGGAACACAUCAAUAAGACUCUAGGCCCCGCACUGCUGGAAAAGAAACUAAGCGUGGUGGAUCAAGAAAAAGUUGACAAAUUUAUGAUUGAGCUGGAUGGGACAGAGAAUAAGUCCAAGUUUGGGGCCAAUGCCAUCCUGGGCGUGUCCCUGGCCGUGUGCAAGGCCGGAGCAGCUGAGAAGGGGGUCCCGCUCUACCGACACAUUGCAGAUCUCGCCGGGAACCCAGACCUGAUCCUCCCAGUCCCUGCCUUCAAUGUGAUCAACGGGGGCUCCCAUGCUGGAAACAAGCUGGCCAUGCAGGAGUUCAUGAUCCUGCCCGUGGGAGCCAGAUCCUUCAGGGAAGUCCAUGCGCAUCGGUUGCCGAGGUUCUACCACCACCUCAAGGGGGUCAUCAAGGCCAAGUAUGGGAAGGACGCCACCAAUGUGGGUGAUGAGGGCGGCUUUGCACCCAACAUCCUGGAGAACAAUGAAGCCCUGGAGCUGCUGAAGACCGCCAUCCAGGCGGCUGGUUACCCCGACAAGGUGGUGAUUGGCAUGGACGUGGCGGCAUCUGAGUUCUAUCGCCACGGGAAGUAUGAUCUCGACUUCAAGUCACCUGAUGACCCUGCACGGCACAUCACUGGGGAGAAGCUGGGGGAGCUGUAUAAGAGCUUCAUCAAGAACUAUCCUGUGGUCUCCAUCGAGGACCCUUUUGACCAGGAUGACUGGGCUACCUGGACCUCAUUCCUCUCGGGGGUCAACAUCCAGAUCGUGGGGGAUGACCUCACAGUCACCAACCCCAAGAGGAUAACCCAGGCCAUUGAGAAGAAGGCCUGCAACUGCCUGCUGCUGAAGGUCAACCAGAUCGGCUCAGUGACUGAAUCCAUCCAGGCCUGCAAACUGGCUCAGUCUAACGGCUGGGGGGUGAUGGUGAGCCACCGCUCCGGGGAGACCGAGGACACGUUCAUCGCUGACCUCGUGGUUGGGCUCUGCACGGGACAGAUCAAGACUGGUGCCCCCUGCCGCUCAGAGCGUCUGGCCAAAUACAAUCAGCUCAUGAGGAUUGAGGAGGCUCUCGGGGACAAGGCUGUUUUUGCUGGACACAAGUUCCGUAACCCAAAGGCCAAGUGAGAAGCAGGAGGCCCCAGGAUCCCACGGGACAGAUCUAGGCCUUCAAGCCCUUCCCCCUGAAAUAAACACUGGUGCCAACCAAG